AUGCUGGAGGGAGACCGAUUCGAAGGCGAAUGGAUGAUCGCUGCAGGGAAGGCCACUGGGGACCGCAGUGGGCUGUACGACUGCUGGAAAGGAGCCGAACGGGCCGAUCAGCGGGCAAGUGCAGCCACGAUGUUGGACGUUGGACAAAGGACGGUUGAGGAUGGCGUAUGCGGAGCAGUGCAAAGGCUAAAGCAGACGGGCGCUAGCAAGCAGACCAGCCCUGAUCGAGACGGUGAAGAUAAGGCGAAGGGGGAGGCGAGAGGAUCAGAUGACCGGUGGUGGACUUUGGGAGUCUGGAGAGAGAGAGCAGCAAGUGCCGGCAGAUAG